AACGCCCUCUAUCCGGAAGUUUUGGUUUUUACUAAAAAUUUUCAGACGGAUAGGAUGUAGUAAUUUUUCAUGUUUUGAAGAAAUCGUAAAUGUUCUGACACCAUAUUUCCUGUUUAAUUAACAGAUAUUUAUCAGAUGGUGACAGUUCAAAUGGUUUGACAAAUGCAGGAAAGUAAUGUUGUGGGCAGUGUAGUACCUUAGGGGAGGUCUGACCAUGUAUUCGGAGUGGUCCUCCCUCCAGGAUGAGAUUCAGUGUGAUAAAGCAAACCAGAGCGUCCUCCACAAAUUCCCCGCCUAUGUUGGCACCACAGUCGCCACUUCGGUGGUGAAACACAUUGCAACCAGUCUCAGCAUUGCUGCCAAUAAUCAUGAGCUGUGUCAGCUUGACUCUGACAAAGAGGUCAAAUGGACCAUGGAAGUGCUGUGUUAUGGCCUCAGUCUCCCACUGACAGAGUUAGACACCAUUAAGGAGUGUGUCAAUGUCUACUGUAUUUGGCUUUCGGCCUGUAUGCCCCCUUCUCCACACCAGGAAUCUGUCCCCCAGCCCCUUAAAGAUGACCCAGACCCCUAUAUACAGGACAUGAUUCACCAUCUUCUUAAUCUGUUUGUACCUCGACCAGGAUCAGAUGUUGACAGUGUGAGGAAACAAGCAGUCUUCUGUCACCGAGUUCUGAGACAAAUUCAGGCCAUUGCUAAGGAAUCCACCAUGUUGUCUAGGGAAUCGUGGGAAACAUUGCUGAAGUUCCUGUUGGCAGCCAAUGACAGCUUACUGUCACCACCAUUAGAAAAAGAUGAUAUCGGGGAUCAGCUGUGUGAGAGGGUCCUCAGUGUCCUCUUUGAGAUCUGGCUCCUCGCCUGUCACAAGUGUUUCCCCUCCCCAUCCCUCUGGAAGACUUUCCGAGCCAUGUGUAUCAACUGGAGGCAUCACGAAUCCCUGGUGGUCCAGUGGCACAAGGUCAACCAUGCCCUGACCUCUCAUGUUCUGGGCUUCACCCAAGGACCGGACUAUCCCAAACUGACACUCGCUGAUGAAGAGGCCCUUCUGAUACCCCCCGCUAUGACCUAUGACUGUAUCGCUCAGUGCUGGUUCCGAUUCCUUCACAUUAUACAGAAUCCUGUAGACAUGUGUCGCCCAGAGAUCAUCGGUAAAACCCACAAAUUUAUGCAGGCUGCCAUGAACAGUGACACUUUGGUUGAUCCUACCAACCAUGAGUGUCUACAGAAACUGCCUAUCAUUUUCUACAAGGCCAUGAAAGGCGUAUCUGUGAUGGUCAACGCCUUCCUAGGUAUUCCCCAGACUCAGAGCAGGUAUGAAGAUCAGGUAAUCUCCACCAGUAGCAGUAAGCUGAAUGCCCCAUCCACACCCCCAGGUCAGAGAAAAACCGGCCGACCCAUAUCUGUCUUCAGCUCAUCCAACAAAGGAAGCUCAAAAACAGCCAGCACAUUAGUGACUGCACCAAAGUCCUCUACCCCUAUGCUGUCCAGCCUGAUCUUCUAUGAGCCCCGCCAGUCCCUGGCCCCAACGCGGCCAAAGUGUGACAGUAUUUUACACCUGUUUGGGGCCUGGUUAUUUGAUGCAGCUCUAGCCAGGGUCAAGUUUCACAACUGCCAUAAAAUAGUACCAGAACAAGGUUCCAUCCAUUCGGAGCGACGGUCCAGUUCUCUAACAGACUCGCGUAGGAAUUCUGUGUCAUUAGACUUCCACUCGGACUCUGUUUUGGUGUGUGACAACACGUAUGAGAACGGGCGUGCUGAGGCUCUGGGUACACUCUGUAGAAUUUUCUGUGCACAUAAAACAGGGGAGAGCAUUCUGCCUGUUUACUACUCUAGAUUCUAUUUAGCAAUGUAUUACGGUCUCCAGACUUCAGAAGAGUAUAUGAGUGGACAAGUACUAGCCAGUGUCCUUUUUAAUUCCUGUGAUAUUUUACGUGUGGACUUGGACGGAGUACAGAUUUUACUCCCACACAUAUUGGAUGCUAUUCAGCUAGUGCUUAAUGAUCUUCCCAAUAAAUACAAAUUGAAUGAAACCAGUAGUUCAAUAGACUUUAAGAAUGUAGAUCUACAGAGGGCCUGUAUUAACCUCCUGUUGACCACCCUUUGUUUACCCCUCCACUUCAAAGACCUCACCAUCAGAGAUAUCGUAUCCAGCACAGACACUGACGUACAGCUCAUUACUUUUAUAUCUCUGAAGAGGAAGAUCCUGGAUAUGAUUAUAGGGGCUCUAAAGACCACGACAGAUUCCACCAACACACAGAUGUUACUGGGAGGUUUGAUGUUACUGGUGGAAGACAUGGCAGUUUGUGAAGCAGCAGAACAAACAACGUUUCAGCCACAUGAUAUCAGUGUGGAGUCCGACAAUCCUGUAUUCUCAGACAACAGUCAAGCGAGCCUGAAGACCUCGUCCUCAGAGUCGAGUUUUAAGGAGGGAUCCUACCACAGACUGGGAAAUUCAGCCCAUGACAUAGAUUCAGCGUACGGUUUGUUUGGUGAAGCCGUAGCCUUGAUAUGUCAUCGUCUGAUGUCUCAGUGGAAAUCCGACCUCAACAGUGCUCUGGCUGCCAUGGAGAUCUUGUCUGGUCUAGCUAAACUGGUGAUCAGCCCUCCGAAUCUGAUGAUGUGUAAGUGUACUGUGAAGUGGAUUUGUGAGUUUAUCGUCCAGCAGUGUAAUCGCCCCGCCCCUGCCCACUCUAAGGACCUCCACAGUACAAUAGUGGCCGCCUUCCGAUGCCUCACUUUAUGGCUGGUAGAACACAGUCGUCUGCUGUAUGACAAGGAAUGCCUCCAUGUUGUCUUAGAAGUUGUGGAGCUUGGAAUCUCAGGGUCCAAGUCACAGAAACCCGAAAUUCAGACCGUGCAAUUAAAAGAAACAAAAAUCCCCCCAUCAGUUCAGAACCGAGCAAGUGACCCGCCAAAAUUUAAACAGGAUAAACAGAGACAGCCAGCAUCCAAAAGAGUCCAAGAGGCCGCAGAAGGGUUACUGACCUGUAUCAUACAACACGUGGGUGCUUUUCCCCCUCCAUGUGGCCCCGAGUCCCUAUUUUCACUGCUGGAUGAGAAAUCCCUGUUGAAGUAUGCCAAAGGAAACAGUAGUUUGCCAGAGCAUGGGUCACCAUUCCGAUAUUAUGUCCUGGAAAACUCCAUCAUUGUGGGGCUCCUGGAACAACCUCUAGGAAAUAUAGAGGACCCCUUACCCACAGUUACCGCACUGAUUAGGGGACCAUUUGGUCGACAUGCCUGGGUCAUGCAGCUUAGACACUCUCCCAGAGUCAAGCGAGGAUCCUCAAAGUCACAUCUGACUGACCCGGGACGACCUUUGCCUGCAGAGAAUGUGGGGACCCGUCAUAACGUCAAACCUCGCCAUUUCCCUGAAUCUGUUGAUUUAGUGACCCUGACCAAAGCAGACAAGAGCAUUCCUACUCUUGAGUCUUUGGUCACUGAUGAGAAACGACCCGAGCUCAACAAACUCAAAUCUUUUAUGGAGAAGCAGGCUCAGUAUGAGGCUCAGAUCAGUCAGAAGAAACAGCAGGAGAUGCAGAAAAUGUCCUUCCCCAACCAGGACACAGAAUGUAAACCUCCAAAGAUUACAGAGGAGUUUCAGGCAGCCCGUCUAUUUUUGUCUCACUAUGGAUUUUUGUCGCUAGAAGCACUCAAGGAACAGAGCAAUAGCAGCCUUCCUCCAUCUUUGGUUACCCUAGAUACCACAAACCCUGGCCUAGCUAAUGACCUUGAGAUGCUGGAUACAAUCGUGGCCCGUGACAAUGAUACAGUUCAUGUGUUUUAUGUCAAGUCAGGCCAGCGAUUGCCUCGAGACAUUUUACGCAAUGUGGGAUCUCAACACAGCAUUCAGAUCCAGUUCUUGGAGUUCCUCCACUCUCUUGGUUGGCCUGUUGAUGUCAAGAAGCAUGCUGGAUGGACUGGUCACAUCAGUACCAGCUGGAAAAUCUCCCAACCUGAAGAUAUUCAGGAUAAUGCUCCUCCCAUGAGUACGGGUGGCAGUAUCUACGAUGGACAGCAGCAGGUGCUCUACUGGGCGGAUGUGUCCUCAGAAGUAGCUUUUGUUGUUCCCUCCCUUGAUACAUUCAACAGGCUCCAGAAUGAUGGAGACAAGUCACCUCAGAUCACUCUCAGUAUAAAUGGAGAUGUAACCAAGCCCACAACCCUGUCCCUGGAGAGACAGCUAGGGGAGCCCCGCAGUAAAGGCACGGACAGUCCCAGCUCUCCCCAUGAUGCCCCAACCUUCCGCACGCGUAGGUUUGGACGAUCCUCGACAGUCACCAUCGGACCUGAUACAAAAAUCUUUGUUGUUUGGCUGGAAAACUUUGAGGAUCAUGAGAAUUUCCCAACAGGAGAUUUACUGCCUAUGACCAGUACAGGACUGGAGCAGUACUCAGCCACGAGUAGUUCUUCUAUGAGACAAGACAAGGACAUCUUCAUCAUCUUUAUCCACGCUCUACAGAACGGACUGUUCCGCAUCCACAUGGAGGGAAACACUGGAAGAAUCUCCAUGGCGAUCCCUCUAGUGGACGGCAUGGUGGUCAGCAGACGAACUUUGGGAUCCAUGGUUAGGCAGACUGCCAUCAAUAUCGGUCGCCGGAAACGGUUGGAGAGUGAUUCGUAUCAGCCUCCCCAUGUUAGGAGGAAAAUCAAAAUCCAGGAGACAGUGGAUAAGUAUCACCUGAAGAUGACUGAGUCUGAGUUCUACACUGCUCUGUUCCAGGACGUCCAUAAGUGACCAAUACCCGAGAGCAGGAAAUUUAACGAGGGCCAAGCAUGAGUGUGAUGACUUUUAUGUGAUGCUUUCUCUGGUGUCAAUAUGAAGUCUGUGAAGACUGUCAUUUAAUGACUACCAUUGUCAGAAUUUAUGAUUUAAAAGUUAAUAGACUAGUCAACGCAAAAGAUAAAUUUUAUUGAAGAUUUUAUUUAAAAUUGAUAUUAAAGGUGCUAUUUGUGUUGCAUGUGAUAUUAAAACAAAAAUAGAUGUGAAAUACACUAUUUCAGUAUAAGUGCUGUAAAUUAGUUCAUUUUAUCUCCAUAUUUUGUGAAUUGUACGAUUUGUUUCAUUCAUAUUACAUGUAUCUCAAAAAUCAGUUGCAUCCGAGUACAAUAAUAGUGUAAGCUGGUUUAAUGAAGCAUUUACACUAACUCUGAGGAAUAAAAUCUGAGGUAGCCAUAUAACCAUAUGGUAAAAAGAAAGGUAUUUUCAUCAUACAAUGCACUUUAUUUUAAUUAUUUCUUUACUUUUUUCCUUUUUAAUUUUUGUAUAAUGCAUGAUUGUUUCACAAAUUUUUCUGCAUUUUCUAUCAUUACGAAACUCAAAUUCAUUGACGAUGAAAUAAAAAUUUGAUCGAGACAUGACUUUAACCACUAUCUACAUGUAUAUAGUCUACAUUUUCAAGUGCAAAUUUGUGAACAGUUUUAAAUUUUACACACAUUAUAGGAGAUCUGUAGAUAACAUGUAAUUUAUUAAAGUUUUAUGUUGGAGGAAGAAUGAAGCCAAUGAAAGUCUUUGUAUGCAAAUAUUUGAAUAUUUAUUUAUGUUCAUAUCAUAAUUUAUCAUUAUUCAACAUAUGAAAUCUAUUGUGCAAUAACAGACAAUUAAAUCUUU